UUCCAAGAUGAAUUCUAUGCUUCCCCUAAGAUAAAUAUCAGAAUUGGAUGCCUGGAAGUAAAGCACCUUCAGAAUUACAUAAUUUCAGCAACCUAAUCGAAUUUGCGAGGCUUUAAGUUGAUAAUAUAUCCAAUAAAUCGAAUAUUCACUCGAUCGAUUUUUAAUUGCAGUAACGAGAACGAUCACGUCGGAAGGAGAAUGUUUAUAUUCUUCAUCCUGAGUUUACCAUUUCAACUUACAAAGAAUAGCCUGUCUGGCUCGGACAUACUGUCUUUUUACAAAUACCCUGCCAUGGAGCACACCGUGACAACAUACUAUGGCUAUAUGCUUAAGUUAAUAAACAUUCCAUACUCGCCACGUUGGAAAGGCGCAAUACCAAAUAUUUUUAAGCCUGUGGUCUUUAUUCAGCAUGGAAUGACCGGCUCCUCGGACACCUUUCUGUUGACCGGACCCUCGGAUGGCUUGCCCUACAUGCUCGCAGACGCUGGAUUCGAUGUGUGGCUGGGCAACUCACGGGGCAACACCUACUCUCGCAAGAACAAACGCUUGAGUCCUCGUAGAAUCAGAUUUUGGAGAUUUAGCUGGCAUGAAAUGGGCAAGGAGGAUAUACCGGCGUCCAUUGAUUACGUGUUGAAUAAAACUCGCCAACCAGCACUGCACUACGUGGGCUACUCUCAAGGCUGCACUGUAUUUCUGGUGAUGCUGAGCAUGCGGCCAGAAUAUGUCACGAAAAUUAAGACAACGAACUUGAUGCAGCCGCCUGGGCUUUGCAGGAAUCUAUUUUUGAUGGUGAACCCUGAUUCGUCGAAUCAAAUGAACAGGAACGUUAUAGGGCUUCUUUUGAAGACGCAUCCGGCGGGCAUAUCGUCCAGGCAGCUGCGGCAUUACAUGCAACUCAAACAGUCGAAGAGAUUCCGCAUGUUUGACUAUGGCUACAAGACGAACAUGCUGGUCUAUAGGAAUGCCUCGCCGAUCGAUUAUCCCCUAAAAUAUAUUCAGCCACAAUCUCCGAUCCAUAUAUACUUCAGCACCAAGGACGAUCAGGCCACCAAGAAGGAUAUUCUCUUUCUCGCCAGGAGAUUGUACAACCGUAGACUACAUCAAGUCCCGAAAGCCUGGAGUCACAAGGAUUUUAUGUUUGGGUGUACCGUCGGCCGGGAUUUGAGUAUGCCGAUUCUGAUCGCCGGAUCAACCAAAGAGGUCUAG